UAGAUUAAACUAAUUAUUUUUUUAAUGAAACGAAUAUAUUUUUCUCGAUAAAACUAUACAAAAUUUCUUUGUGUGAAAGCAAAUUAUGUUCAAGAUUAACAUAUUCUUUAAAGAUUUCAUAUUCUUGCUUAUAUAUGAGACGAUGUAAAUUUGGGACUAAUUUUUUCUGUGCAUGUCCAGCGUUCUUAUCGUAAUUAUUUUAAUAAUCUAACGAAAUUAUUUUUAGAUGCGUAUCUAUAACUAAAUUUUUAUAUAUUGCAGCUAAAAGAUAGUUCUUUUCGUAUAAAAAGUUAUAUUUGACAGGAAAUAUAAAUCACGUAUAAGCCACAUAAAUCUUAGUUUUUUCUAAUUUAUAAUAGCGCAUCGUCGAAAUGGUUCGAGUUAUAUAUUCUAAUAUUGAUCGACAUCGAUUUGUAAUUGAUUCGUGGACACUCUCUGAAGAAAUCGUACGCCCCGACGAGGAGUGAUGCGACUGCCGACAGAAAGAGAGAAGGGUGGUAAGGCAGCAGUAUACAAAACGGUCGCGUGCUAGUAGCGCUACGGACCCCUUCGCCUUAAGACAAUUAGCGAUAUCCAUCUCCUAUGGGGUUCUACCCUUCGUACGGAACGGAACAGGCCCAGACUCGGCGCGCGCGUGGCAUUCGUCUACGAGCGUAUAACGAGAAGUGCCGCAAGGUGUCGGCCAGCCGAGGGCGGGAGAUCUCCGGAUAAAGACGCGCCGGAAGGAAGCCCUCGAGAGAUUGAGCCCGAACCGAAAUUCCCGUACUCCGGUGCCCUACCGUAACGUCGAGACGCGUUAACGUUUGUCAACCAAUGUCGGUACUUUAAAAAGACCGACGAGGCUUUAAAAUUAUUUUCGGUAACAUUUUCUCUUUUAUAUUUCUCUAUGUAAUGGUAUAAAAAGUUAUCGUACCAUUAGAAAAAACACUUGUUGUUAUUAUUAAUUAUUAUUAAUUAAUCCAGACCUUAUGUGGUGAAAAACGUGAAAAAUGGUGAAUGAAGCGUUAAUUAAAAGUGAGAUAAAAUAUUGUAAUUUGAAAAAAGUUGGGCAUUCUUCUACUGAAAGUGACGUGCAGCUGCCUUUCGGUUUCCUUCAUUGCAAAUGAAAUAAGAGUGGAAUGGCGUUGGGUUAAUUCUAUCUCGAUGCCGUUGGAUAAGGAACUUUUAAUAACCUUGUACCUAAGAAUCGCGAUACUGUUUGGGGAGGAGAGGGAGGAAAGUGUAAGGUGGUGACCGAAGGCGGGAGAUCCUUUGAUAAAGGAGUCGAGGAGAAGGAAACCCGAGAGCGCACUCGGGAGGAACGACACCUUGCGCAAACAGGUAGAGUAGUUUAAUCGAUACUGCUGAGAGGGCAUUUAAACAUUCGAUGUAAACAAUUGCCUCUCGUUAAUGUUUAAUUUUAUUAUUGAAUCUUUUGUUGAGAAAAAUUUCGGCGCAUUACAAGACUGUCAGCGGUGACCGAUGGCCACAGCGACUUCUUGCUAGCGUGUUUUUUAUAGAAAUCUUUCUAACUGUUGUUGAAUUGUUUUAUAAUGAAGAAAACAUUUUGAUCGAUUCCUAAUUUUUUAUUCAAUUUUGUAAUAUAAUCAUUAAAUAUGAAGCGUAAACAAUAAUUUGUUGCUAAGCAGUCGUUGAUGAAAUAAGUAUUUAUAAGCAGGACAAAUAAGCUAUUUAACUAUAAUAAGAUAAUAUCUCUGCAAAUAUUCUGUAGUGACAUCUUUUUACUUUGGAUAAAUUUGACCACGAUUGUACCCUCGUCAUAUAGUGAUUAACUUUUCGUCAGCUCGUGUUCAAUUCCAUAUCCAAUUAGAAACUCCAUUUGAGGGGUGGAGCGUGUGACGAGCAUAUGAUAGAUCGAUCUAUUGCUGUUUGCAGUCUCGACGCUUUGGCGUUUUCGAAAACGAAUCCGAAACGUAUCCGAGAGCCAUAUGGCAUCGCAAGCGCGUGGCCAAAAUCCUUGAUACAUCUUUUAAUUUUUUGUUAUAACGUUUGAAAUUACAUUGUACAUUUUAUACGUCUGAAGAUAAAUUUAAAAAAUUAAUGAGAUAUAAUUUGAUGUAAUGAAAAUAUAUCGUUCUUUUAAACAUUAUAAUAUUUUAAAAUUAAACACUUUUUUUAGUGUAUGUACGACAUAUUAAUAUAUGAAAAAACGUAUGCAAAACUUACGUAAUAUGCUGACAUAAUAAUUAUUACGUAUAUAACUUUAUUUAAUUAAAUGACUGAAAUUAUUUCUAAUAUCUCUAUCAAUAUGCACAAUAAAACGAUGUUCAAUAUUCGUGUUGUAGGCACUUAAAAUGGCACUUUUUGUUUGAUGCUCACUUUCCGAAAUUCUUUGCAACGGAGAUUGCAGAAUCUUCUUACACUCCAAAAAUAUAUAUUAUAUAAAUAUGCGACAUUAAUAAUAUUUCUUCUCUCUCAUUUCCAUUUUCAUAUUCGGCUAUUUUAUUGCCAAUUCGUAAUAAAGUAAACAGAAAGUCGACGACGAUUACAAUAGAAGGCAGAAAGUUUGUAUGUAUUGCAAAAUGAAGGUAGAGAAGCAUCUUGAGAAAAUUCAUACCUUUUAAUGGAAAUGACAGAUAAUGCAAAGAAAAUUGUAUCCUGUAAUUACGAUGUUGCUUUGCAGCGAACAUCAAACCGCAGAAUAUACCUUUCAGCAAUCAUUCAACGUCGACUAUAAGUACUUAAUAGGAAACGAUUGCAUCGAGAGUCGUGUUACACAAAGAAUUAUUAAUAUUGUGAGGUAUCGCGUACGAUUAGACGAUCGGAAAGACCCGUGAUGCCUUUGAUACUUUACUAACAUAAGUAAAAUGGAUUUCUUCGACGGGCACAACUACAGAGUCAACAAAAUUCUGCUAUCGGCAAUCGGCCAAUGGCCUUACCAAUCGUCGAAGACGAGCCACGCAAUAGUUAGCAUUAUAGUAGCGAUAGUUGCCACGCAACUUGUCGCUAAGCUAUGUGGUAUAGUCCCCUAUAUUCACGAUAUGGACAUUUUAAUCGAGUGCUUGGUUCCGAUAAUGGUAGAUGUAUCGGGUAUGACGAAAAUAAUGAAUUCCAUGCUGUGUGUUAAUGAGAUAAGAGCAUUGCUCGAUCAAAUACGAGAUGAUUUUUAUUUGUUAAAAAAUUCUGAUGACUCAGUGAUUCUUCAAAAAUAUGCGAAUACUGGCAAAAGAUUCUCGACCCUUUACCUUUGUGUGAUGUGUAUGCUAACGGUAGUAUUUAUAUUGCUACCCUUCCAACCGUUAAUCCUCCGCGUCGCCAACGCCACGACUCGGCCAUUGUUACAUAGAGUCGAAUAUUAUGUCGACAUGGACAAAUAUUACUUUCCAAUUUUGAUUCAUGGAUAUUUCACCGCUAUAAUUUGCGUCACGUCCAUUGUCGCAACCGACGCGAUAUUUAUUACAUUUAUGCAACAUGCUUGCGGGCUGUUUAUCAUAACUGGCUCGCGAAUAGAACAAGCGAUACAAGAAGUAUAUCAGAUUGGAAAUACCAAUCCUCCAGUUACAAAAGAUACGGCGUACCAAAAUUUAGUGCAGUGUGUUCACAACCACAGAGGAGCUCUAAGGUUUGCCGGUCUCAUGGAAGUUGCGUACUCCAAGCACUUUCUAUUCCAUGCCGGACUGAAUAUGAUAGCUAUAAGCGUUACGAGUUUUGGGGUUGUGACAAAAUCGGACGAUCUGUUUGAGUUUUUUAGACUAGCAGCGGUGUCGUGCGCGUUGUUAUUUCAUCUAUGCUUCGAAUGUAUUAAUGCUCAAAAAUUGAUAGAUUUUAGUGGAUAUCUUCAUACUAAUUUAAUAAAUUUAAACUGGUACGAUGCCUCGCCUAGAACGAGAAAACUUGUUCUUUUCAUGAUGAUGAAAACGCAACCGCCUUGCGUAUUAACUGCUGGCGGCAUGUUCGUUUUGUGCAUGGAAACGUUUGCCACGGUAAGAUUUUCUCAAUUACGCGCCGUCCAAACGGAAUGCCUGACGAAGCUACUAAAUUCCUCCCCACGCGUUUUCCGCUUGGAUAAGGUUUGGCAAGCGCAGUGUUAUACCCGCCACGGGACCGUCAAGAUGGAGAGUGUCCAAAGUCAAUAUAUGCGUAUCAAUCAGAUGUUAAUGUGCCUCAUCGGUCAGUGGCCGUAUCAGGAGAACUGGGAAAAAUUCCUGAUCCAAUUAGUCUUCGUGCCUGUAGUUUUUGCCCAGGCGGUUGUUCAGGGCGGCGGCAUGAUUACCGCUUGGUUUGCGGAUGACAUCGACGCGUUUAUGGAAAGUUCAUCGCCUUUUGUAAUUAGUUUAAUGUGUAUCUUUAAACAUAUCAAUUAUACAUACAAUCACGAUCAGAUGAAGAGGCUUGUCUUUAUAAUGGUGGACGAUUGGAAAAGCUAUUCAAAGCUUAGCCACGAGUACGAUAUUCUUUGCAGGAAUUAUGCGAUGGGUAAAAAAGUCGCGGUUGCCUACGCAGUCUCUCUGUACGGCUCAAUGACUCCCUUUCUGGUUGUACCGGUAGUACUAAAUACAGCAGGCUACAUGGGGUUUUAUAACUUGUCCGAGGGUAGACCUCUGAUGUUCCGUACGGAAUAUUUCAUAGAUUCCGAGAAGUAUUAUUACCCAUUGUUGGUGCACUCGUAUAUUGGCACCCUUGGAUUCGUCUCGAUCGUCGUAGCGAUCGACUCGAUGUUGGUGUUUCACGUUCAACACGAAUGUGGGAUGUGCGAGAUCCUAGGAUAUCGACUAGCACGGCUUAUCGAUGGAGAUAAUUUAGACAUAAAUUUGUAUCCAAGUAAAGAAGAAGUUGUAUCCUACAAUUGUGUCAAAAAUUGUGUGAUCAUGCAUAAUCACAUAAUAGAAUAUGCUAGACGUAUCGAAAAUGCGAAUACGACAUCAUAUUUUUUCCAACUAGGUUGCAAUAUGUUGGGUAUAACAUUCACAAUAUUCCAGGCGGUGGUAAAGUUGAGCGAUCCAAACGAAGCCUUGCGCUAUGCGUCGUUCACGAUAUGCCUGCUCUCCGUUCUUUUCCUCGAAAGCUGGCCUGGCCAGCAAUUGUCGGAUUAUACUGAUAAAAUUUUUAUGUACACGAGCAACGGAAAAUGGUACCAGUCUUCGUUGAGAGUGAGGAAAGUGAUUAGCAUUAUGCUGAUGAGAAGUUAUGCGCCAAUCAAAAUAACAGCAGGCAAACUAUACACUUUGAACUUGGCAAACUUCUCAGCAGUUUUACGUACAUCGUUUUCUUACUUCACUGUUCUCUGUUCCAUGAAUUAAACGAGGCAUGAUGCGAUGCUCGCUGCAGCUCAAAAGCUAU